AGUUUUCAUACUUGUUCAUCUAUAAAGCAGAAAGGACAUUUUGAGUUUCAAACUGAAAAAUCUCAACUCAAAAAGAAAGAAAAGCUGCGAAGAAAAAUGAGAAAGGAAGAGAGGGAAGUAGGGAGUUUUGUUGUUUUGGGCUUGUGGGUGAGCAGUUUGUUGCUUUGCGGUUCUUUGGGUGUGGUUGAGGCUGAUGACAGUGGUUUGGCAAAUGAAUGCACCAAUGAUUUUCAGAGCGUGAUGACUUGCCUGAGCUUUGCGCAAGGGAAGGUGGCGACGCCGACUAAGGAGUGUUGCAGCUCGGUGUCGAGUGUAAAGGAAAAUGACCCUAAGUGUUUGUGCUAUAUUCUUCAUCAAACUCAGACGUCUGGGGCUCAGAACCUUAAGAGCUUGGGGGUUCAGGAAACUAAGCUUCUUCAGCUUCCUUCUGCUUGCCAGUUAAAGAACGCUAGCAUCAGUGACUGCCCAAAGCUUCUUGGAUUAGCUCCAAACUCACCAGAAGCAGCCAUCUUCAGCAAUUCCUCCACCUCAACAGCAACCACCGGAACACCCUCAUCUGCUUCAGAGAAAAGUGAUAGUAAAUCCAGUGGAACCAAGCUUGAAAUUUCCCACCUCGUUGGUUCCACGCUACUGAUUGCAAUGGCCAUAGUUUUCUAUGCACUUCCAGCUGGAUUGGUUUCUCUGUUUUAGGCGUGCAUGAUAUCGAUGGAAGUGAAUUAAAAAGGCUUUUAAUUUCCUUUUGUUUGUUUAAUUCUUCCCAACUGCAUUGCUGUUUAAGAAUCUUAAAUGAAUCAUCCAAAGUAAAGCUAUAUUUCUUUGCCUCUUUCUGUUUUUGGCACCAAAUGGAAGCCAAGAAAUUAAAAGAGUGAAAUGAUAGAAGAAGCGUUAAAAUAAACGUUAGGAAACUUUACCCACUGCUUGUUUUCCUUUUGAUCAUCCUCUGCUGUGAAAUCUUUGAUGGUUGUCGGUAGUGAGAUUUUUUCAUACUGAAAAUGAAAUUGACACAAAGAGACAAAU